CGAGCGGGGCGGGGCAGCUGCCUGUCGCCCUCCCACGCACGCGCGACCUCGCCUCGCAUCCCGCCUCUCCUCUCGGAGCCCUCGCCUUGCAGGGCGGCGCGCGCUGCCUGUCGGGAUACUCGGCCCGCCCACCCAGUCCUCCCGUCCUGCGCUGCGUUCGCGAGACCCGUGUGUUUCUCCCAAGAUGGUGGCGCUCCUCUGGGGGUGACUAUAGGAGACGACAGGGCCUUUCCUCUUCGCCCGCACCUCGCUGCCCCCUCCUGCGCUCGCUCGCGCACCCGGCCACGCAGCCGUCCACCGCCUCCUCACGCCUCUCCUCUGUCUACCUGUCGCGGACGGUGGCGCCUCCUUCUGCUUCUCCUCGGAGUUGCUCGCCUCCCUCGCACCCCACUGUGGACAGACCGCGGCAGCAGCGGACCAGCGCGCCGACUCCAGCGUUGCCCGGGCGCCUGGCCUCCCGGCCUCGGUUUCCUGAGGAGUAGCGUGGGUCCCGCAUGAGCUUCGGCGGUGGCGCCAGCGAAAGGGAACGAGGCGGUGGCGGGCGGCGGCGGCAGACGAGGGCAACUAGGACCAGUGAGGCGGCCGCAGCCCAGGCGCGGGGGCGAGGACAGGUUAAAAAUCUGUAAGAGCCUGAUUUUAGAAUUCACCAGCUCCUCAGAAGUUUGCUGAAAUAUGAAUUAUUAAGCCUACGUUCAGAUCAAGUUAGCAGCUAGACUGGUGUGACAACCUGUUUUUAAUCAGUGACUCAAAGCUGUUAUCACCCUGAUGUCACCGAAUGGCCACAGCUUGUAAAAGAUCACCAGGAGAAUCCCAGUCUGAGGACAUUGAAGCUAGCCGAAUGAAGCGAGCAGCUGCAAAGCAUCUAAUAGAACGCUACUACCACCAGUUAACCGAGGGCUGUGGAAAUGAGGCCUGCACGAAUGAGUUUUGUGCUUCCUGUCCAACUUUUCUUCGUAUGGAUAACAAUGCAGCAGCUAUUAAAGCCCUUGAGCUUUAUAAAAUUAAUGGAAAACUCUGUGAUCCUCAUCCCUCCAAGAAAGGAGCAAGCUCAGCUUACCUUGAGAACUCAAAAGGCACACCUAACUCAGACAUAAAAAUGAACAAGGACGGAAAAGGAGCCAAGCCUGAUUUUAGAGAUGUGAAUUACCUAACUGAAGAGAUAGUGUAUGAAAUUCUUGACGUAUGUAGAGAAAGUGAUGAUUACUCCCCUUUAAUUCGAGUAAUUGGAAGAAUUUUUUCUAGUGCUGAGGCACUGGUUAUGAGCUUUCGGAAAGUCAAACAACAUACUAAGGAGGAAUUGAAAUCUCUUCAAGAAAAGGAUGAAGACAAAGAUGAAGAUGAAAAAGAAAAAGCUGCAUGUUCUGCUGCUGCUGCAUGUUCUGCUGCUGCUGCAUGUUCUGCUGCUGCUGCAUGUUCUGCUGCUGCUGCAUGUUCUGCUGCUGCUGCAUGUUCUGCUGCUGCUGCUGCUAUGGAAGAAGACUCAGAAGCAUCUUCUUCAAGGAUGGGUGAUAGCUCACAGGGAGACAACAAUGUACCAAAAUUGGGUCCUGAUGAAGUGACUGUGGAUAUUGAUGCUAUUAGAAGGGUCUAUGCCAGAUUGCUUGCUAAUGAAAAUUUAGAAACUGCCUUUCUCAAUGCACUUGUAUAUCUGUCACCUAACGUGGAAUGUGACUUGACAUAUCAUAGUGUGUAUGCCCGAGAUCCUAAUUAUCUCAAUUUGUUCAUUAUUGUAAUGGAGAAUGGAAACCUCCACAGUCCUGAAUAUCUGGAAAUGGCGCUGCCAUUAUUUUGCAAAGCUAUGUGUAAGCUACCCCUUGCAGCUCAAGGAAAACUGAUUAGACUUUGGUCUAAAUACAGUGCAGAUCAGAUUCGGAGAAUGAUGGAAACAUUUCAGCAACUUAUUACGUUCAAAGUCAUAAGCAAUGAAUUUAAUAGCCGAAAUCUAGUGAAUGAUGAUGAUUCCAUUGUUGCUGCUUCAAAGUGUUUGAAAAUGGUUUACUAUGCAAAUGUCGUGGGAGGGGAAGUGGACACAAAUCACAAUGAGGAAGAUGAUGAAGAGCCCAUACCUGAUUCCAGCGAAUUGACAUUGCAGGAGCUUUUGGGAGAGGAACGAAGAAACAAGAAAGGUCCUCGGGUGGACCCAAUAGAAACUGAACUUGGUGUUAAAACUCUAGAUUGUCGAAAACCACUUAUCUCCUUUGAAGAAUUCAUUAAUGAACCACUGAAUGAUGUUCUAGAAAUGGAUAAAGAUUAUACCUUUUUCAAAGUUGAAACAGAGAACAAAUUCUCUUUUAUGACAUGUCCCUUUAUAUUGAAUGCUGUCACAAAGAAUUUGGGAUUAUAUUAUGACAAUAGAAUUCGCAUGUACAGUGAACGAAGAAUCACUGUUCUCUACAGCUUAGUUCAAGGACAGCAGUUGAAUCCAUAUUUGAGACUCAAAGUCAGACGUGAUCAUAUCAUAGAUGAUGCACUUGUCCGGCUAGAGAUGAUUGCUAUGGAAAAUCCUGCAGACUUGAAGAAGCAGUUGUAUGUGGAAUUUGAAGGAGAACAAGGAGUGGAUGAGGGAGGUGUUUCCAAAGAAUUUUUUCAGUUGGUUGUAGAGGAAAUCUUUAAUCCAGAUAUUGGUAUGUUCACAUAUGAUGAAGCUACAAAAUUAUUUUGGUUUAAUCCAUCUUCUUUUGAGACUGAGGGUCAGUUUACUCUGAUUGGCAUAGUCCUCGGUCUGGCUAUUUACAAUAACUGUAUACUGGAUGUCCAUUUUCCCAUGGUUGUCUACAGGAAGCUAAUGGGGAAAAAAGGAACCUUUCGUGACUUGGGAGACUCUCACCCAGUUUUAUAUCAGAGUUUAAAGGACUUAUUGGAAUAUGAAGGGAAUGUGGAAGAUGAUAUGAUGAUCACUUUCCAGAUAUCACAAACAGAUCUUUUUGGUAACCCAAUGAUGUAUGAUCUAAAGGAAAAUGGUGAUAAAAUUCCAAUUACAAAUGAAAACAGGAAGGAAUUUGUCAAUCUCUAUUCUGACUACAUUCUCAAUAAAUCAGUAGAAAAACAGUUCAAGGCAUUUCGCAGAGGUUUUCAUAUGGUGACUAAUGAAUCUCCCUUAAAGUACCUAUUCAGACCAGAAGAGAUUGAAUUGCUUAUAUGUGGAAGCCGGAAUCUAGAUUUCCAGGCACUAGAAGAAACUACAGAAUAUGACGGUGGCUAUACCAGAGAAUCUGUUUUGAUUAGGGAGUUCUGGGAAGUUGUUCAUUCAUUUACAGAUGAACAGAAAAGACUCUUCUUACAGUUUACAACAGGCACAGACAGAGCACCUGUUGGAGGGCUGGGAAAAUUGAAGAUGAUCAUAGCCAAAAAUGGCCCAGACACAGAAAGGUUACCUACAUCUCAUACUUGCUUUAAUGUCCUUUUACUUCCGGAAUAUUCAAACAAAGAAAAACUUAAAGAGAGAUUGUUGAAGGCCAUCACAUAUGCCAAAGGAUUUGGCAUGCUGUAAACAAAACGAAAACAAAAACAAAAACAAGAAAAAAAAAAAGAAAAACCUUAAAAAAACUUAAUAAAUAUAGUAAGAGGGAUAAUUUGGUGGUGAUAGUGUCCCAGUACAAAAAGGCUGUAAGAUAAUGAA